ACACCAGGAAUAAUAAAAUCUCUGUUCGAGCUUCUGACGGACGACGCAAAUUACAACCCUCCGCCGGAAGACAGACCCGGAGGCUUCAACUGGAACGAAUAGAACAGGCCCCGACAAUAGCGGCGCAAACUUGGGUCGGGACGGAAGGCGCACCGAAUAUUUUUCAUACCGAAUUCGUCACACCGUUAACCAUACUUUUGAGUAUGUGGGAAAUUCAAAUUUUUCAAUCUUUCGUACCACGUCGUCGAAUGUAAAAGUUUCCGUUGAAAAUUUAUUUAUUACAUAAAAUUGCUUUUAAACAAUAUCCGAAUCGUUUUUAUGCCGUCGUAGGGUGGGAGGAGGAGGAUUCCUCUACUAAUCAAAAUUUUCUUUUCGCCAUCCACGCACAUUCGAAUUAAGAAAAUUGGAAAAGUUUACGAAAUGGCUAAUUUAUUUUAAACAGAAAACUUCGUAGGUUAAUCGAAAACCUUGUUUAAAGUACAGGGUGGGAAAGAGACUCAUUUAACACCCCUGCUACAGAAUAUAGAAUGUACAGUACUCAAAAGAACAUGCAUAACUCUGUAACCGUUCGAGGUAGGUGAAUAAAAUCUUUCGGAAAUCAAUUCCUAGUGAAAUUCUGACUCUAACGAUGUGUCACACGACUCCCUUCCCAUUGACAGUUUCGGAGUUGCAUUCAAUAUGAUGGCAAUGGAGAUGGCGGCCACCCGUCGAUCUAUUUUCCCUUUGGUCUAAUGUGUUCCGGACACCAGCGAAUUAACUUUGGGUACAUUCUAUAUUCUGUAGCGGGUAUGUUAUUAAGUGACCUUUCCCAACCCGUAUAUUUUUUUUCUAUACGACGGUGUGGCAAUUGCCAGUGAUACGACGGUGUCGUCGUCGGUUUAUUUAAAUCGGCCGUUGUAAAUUGAUUUUAAUUUUGCUGUCGUUUUGUGUAAAUUUCGAUGGCAUUGUUUCGGGAGUCGUCCUGGCCUGCACGGAUUAAAGUUUAUAGUUAUAGUUUUUCAUAUUAUAUAGGAAUCUGGAUUUUAAUGACCGCUUGGCUAUCGGUUAUUGUCGAACUAGAUUUUUUUUUCACCGUUAUUGGAAGAGAUCCAAUGUUAAUAUCCUCUCCGUAAAAAUUAUUUUUAAAUUCUCGACGGCCGGAAUUACCGUAAACCGUCGCGGAUCGCCCUCUUAGAUAUAAAGGUAACUCUUCUCUUAACUCCCUUCCGUAAUCAUUUUAUUUACAGCGGAUAGUACAGUUGAUAUAUAACACAGAUGUAUCGGCAUUUCCAUACUUUAAAAUUCGAGUCUGGUCUUAGAGAGGCUUUUUUUUAUUUUUUUUAAUUAUUAUUCCAUCCAGUUUUUGACAAAAUAAAGUGAAGUUUUACAAAAAUAAAUUAUAUGGAAUAUAAUUAAUUAAAAAUAUAUAAUUCACAAUCGGCAAAUGUGUGAAAAAAUUCGGCCUACGUUAUUGCAAUAGAGAAUAGAUACAUUGGAUAAUUAAAAUUUGUAUUCUUUAAUAUAUUUGUACGAUUUUAAAUAUUUAUUAUAUUUUCCAAUAAUUCCUUUAGUGUUUUUAAUUUUUUUUGUUUGUUCUUUUUUUAAUUACCGUAAUUUCUAGUCUAUUAAAAUUUAAAUUAGUUGAUAUUUUUGUUUUUUUGUCUGGAUCACGAUCUCCAAUGUGAAUUUGGUUAUUAAUUUACAUUUAUUUUGCGUUAAUUUUAUAUAUAAUGACAUUGCUGGAAUUUUUUUCUUACAGAAUAAAAUAAUCAUUAACUAAAAAGUACAAUUGCAAUUAAUUAUUUACGAUUUGAAUUACCCGUGCCUGAAAAAAGAACUUAAAUAUUUUUAUUUUUGCAAAUAAAGGCGGAAAUUUCACGUAAAACAUUAUUAUUAAACGGGAUAUUACAGAAAAGAUCCAACGGAUAAUUAAUUAUUUCGCUUUUGACUCGUUUACGGAACGUCCCAUUCAUCCUAACUUAUCACUAGUCAAGAAAUUAUAUAUAUAAGAUGAUUACGUUCGGUCUAUUGUGAAGGUAAUGUUUAAUAAAACGAUUGCGCGAUUAAUAUUUAUUUACAGACAAGACAAAAAAGAAAAGAAUAAAUAAGAAAAAAAAGCUGUAGCUUGGCAAUGUUGACAACCAUACGAAGUAGGUAAGAAGAACAUGGAAGGACAGUUGUAAUUCUUAGUUCUUAUUUGGCUGAGAUCCAGGAGUUAUUCACAAAUGCAACCUGGCAUGUUCCUACACGGCGACACCUAAGAAAGGGGUGGGACGAUUGUUUUAUUUAUAUAUCUCCUCGUCUGGUUCCGAGCACAUGACAUACGACCGUCGGGAAAGAAAGGUGUGCGAAGCGUUCUACGCUUUUAAUCAUGCGCGAACAAUUAUCUCGUUGCGAAAAAUGCGUGCAUCGCGUCCGAAGCGGUGCGACCUUCGUCAUGUCGCAUCUGGGAUUAGUGGCUGUGGUAGUGGGCUACACGGUCAUCGGAGGUUUCGCUUUUCAGGCUUUAGAAGAAGGCAACGAAGAAAGGAAGAGGAUGGAAAUAAUCAUGCUGCGAGCCAACGUGGUCGACACACUAUGGCUGAUUACCACCGACCAAAACAAGGUGCUGAAGAUGGAAAACUGGACGGAAAAAGCCAAGGACACGCUGAAAGAGUUCGAAAAAGCCGUGGUGCAGGCCAUGAGCUCCGAAGGAUACGACGGAAACGACGAAGGUCAGCUGCAGUGGUCGUUUCCUGGUGCUCUCUUCUUCUCCAUCAUCGUCAUCACUACUAUAGGUUACGGAAACGUUACUCCCAAAACCAAACUAGGUAAAAUAGUGACGAUUCUGUACGCCAUCGUGGGAAUACCUCUUCUCCUGUUGUGUCUAUCUAGCAUAGGAGACAUCAUGGCUCACAGUUUCAAGUUUAUUUAUUGGAAAGUUUGUUGUUAUUUGUGCAUUCAACCCAAAAAGCGGUCCAAACGUCACAGGUUCUCGCCGGAAAGGACUCCCGUCGACGAGUACGAAACAAAUCAGAGUGAGAAGUCUCCGCUGGAAACAUUCGACAGAAAUAAUAUAUUUGGUGACAAGUACGCGCGCGAUUACGGUUCUUCUCCGUCCACCCCUACUUCAUCUGUGCCUUUAGAAUCGUCCAAAUUUCCUUCGUCGGCGCAAACCAAGCAGGGCCAGUCCAAGUACGACCUUUAUUGCAACCACACCGACGUCAGCGGAGUACCAGUCAUUCCCAACAAGUACGUCAUCCAAAGCGAAAACGACGCUCAACGGGAAUUUCCCGCCUCUUCGUUACUGGACAUUCCUCCCACCAAGAGUCCUCCCGACAAAUCGAGAGAGUCCGAUCAGGGGAGUUGGUCGAAACAGGAGGAGAGGACUGUCAGCGACGACGUCAUAGACGACGAUUCGGACAGCGAGGUUUCCGAGGCAGAAGUGGAAGAAGUUACUGUUCCCGUGUCCCUGUGCGCGGCGGUGGUCAUAGGAUACAUAGCGGGCGGCAGCGCGUUGUUCAUGGAAUGGGAGAAGUGGUCGUUCGAAGACAGUUGGUACUUUUGUUUCAUCACCUUGACCACUAUCGGAUUCGGGGAUUUCGUUCCCGGAGCUUCGGUCUUGUCUCAUAACAAACACCACUUGAGCCUGAUACUUUGUUCGCUCUACUUGUUGUUUGGCAUGGCCUUGCUGGCCAUGUCCUUCAACUUGGUGCAGGAAGAAGUGACCAAAUCGUUCAAAGAAAUCGGCAAAAGGAUCGGGAUCCUUUCCGAAGACGAUGACGACAAUUAGACCAAAGUCUCCAUAUUUUUAGGACGAAAAUUAUUCGGAGUUUGUAAAGUAUUAUUUCCGCGGCCGAAAAAAUAUUUCUUCUUUACAGCUAGAUGGAAUUAUUUCCGCCAGAAUAAAAAAUACCAAAAGACGCACCUUGUAAAUUCCUAGUUCUUUCCUCGUUAUGCCCGA